GCAGCCUGGCGCCGCACGGAGCGCAUUGAGAGCCAGAGCCCGCAGCGCAGCAGACAAGAGAGAGAGAGAGAGAGAGAGAGACAGAGAGGGGAACAGGCGGCAUCGCAGGCACAAGUAGUCGGACAUAAACCCCGCGUGGUUCGCAAUCCAUAGCCACCGCCACCUGCGCGCAAACACACACACUACCCGUGUACCUUUCGAGAGGGGAAUCCGGAGGCAGCUCAUUACGCAAGAGCAGAGGAAGCAGCAGCAGCAGCAGCCUCGUCGCAGGGCCGGUGUGACUCAUUGAUAAAUAACACGGGCUCCCUCCGACCAGACGCAUGAAUGAGCGCCAGUGUGGACAACCCGCAGCCGGGACAUCUGUGAAGAGAGGGGAUCUGCGCCUGUAUCCAUCGACCCGUUUUUGGAUGACCCGCUGUGGACAUCUGGAGUUAGAGAAUUUUUUUUGACUUUGUUUGUGUGUUUUGGUUUUGCCGAGGGCCCCUGCAGGCAGCGCGGCGGACUGGGAAAGAGACAAUCCCAUUCAGAUUAUUCUGCUCGCUCGCCUCGUUGCGCAGGAAGCUCCCCCGAUUUACUCAACAACACUUCUUUUUUUUUAACUCCUGCCUAUAAAUGCUCGACAAGCUCAGGCCCGUCGUCCAGCUCGACUCGGUGAUGGCGAUCAGCAAGACGGUGGGCUGGCUCCGGGAGCAGCUGGAGGCGCGCCGCGACGGGCUGCUGGUGAUGGACUGCCGCGCGCAGGAGCUGUACGAGUCGUCGCACGUCGACACGGCGAUCAACGUGGCCAUACCCAGCCUGAUGCUGCGGCGGCUCAAGAAGGGCAACCUGCCCGUGCGCUCGCUGCUCUCCGACGGCGAGGACCGCGAGCGGUUCGCGCGGCGCUGCAGGACGGACACCAUCGUGCUGUACGACGAGUACAGCCGCGAGUGGAACGAGAACGUGGACGGCGGCUCCGUGCUGGGUCUGCUGCUGCGGAGGAUGAAGGACGAGGGCUACAAGGCCUACUACCUGGAGGGUGGCUUUAGCAAAUUCCAUACCGAGUACCCGACCCUGUGCGAGACCAACCUGGACGGCACCCCCAGCAGCGGCAGCAGCAGCAGCUCGCCCACCGCCCAGGUGCUGGGCCUCGGCGGCCUGCGCAUCAGCUCCGACUCGUCGGACAUCGAGUCGGACAUCGACCGCGACCCGAGCAGCGCCACGGACUCGGACGGCAGCCCGCUGUCCAACCCGCAGCCCUCGUUCCCGGUGGAGAUCCUGCCGCACCUGUACCUGGGCUGCGCCAAGGACUCCACCAACCUGGACGUGCUGGAGGAGUACGGCAUCAAGUACAUCCUCAACGUCACCCCCAACCUGCCCAACCUCUUCGAGAACGCUGGGGAGUUCAAGUACAAGCAGAUCCCCAUCUCUGACCACUGGAGCCAGAACCUCUCGCAGUUCUUCCCCGAGGCCAUCAGCUUCAUUGACGAAGCCAGAGGCCAGAAGUGCGGCGUCCUGGUCCACUGCCUUGCCGGCAUCAGCCGCUCAGUGACGGUGACCGUGGCCUACCUGAUGCAGAAGCUCAACCUGUCCAUGAACGACGCCUACGACAUUGUCAAGAUGAAAAAGUCCAACAUCUCGCCCAACUUCAAUUUCAUGGGCCAGCUCCUGGACUUUGAGCGCACGCUGGGCCUGAAGAGCCCGUGCGACAACCGCAUGGCGGCGCCGAGCCAGCCGCUCUACUUCACCACCCCGACCAACCACAACGUCUUCCAGCUGGACCCCCUGGAGUCAACGUGAGGGCCGCGCUCACCACCCCUCUCCUUGCUGGAGGUUUCGUUCGGCCUCCUGUUGGAAAAGCUGUAAAAAGUUUCUCUUUUUAACCGCCGUGUGCCGCGCAACCGGGCUCCUGACGUUAUUGUUACAGCCGGUUUGAGGCGACAGCUGCCGAGCGUGGUUACUGCGGGGCCGAAGCUGUUUGGCCAAGACGCAGCUGCUGUUGACUAAACGAGGGGGGGGCAGUAAAAGAGACAGAAAAGAGGAAGAGAGUCAUUUAAAGAAUGCAGAUACUUUCUCCAAUCCCAUAUUGCCGGUGGACUCCUGAGGUCGUUAAUCUCUGCUACCCUUCCGUCCGAGGAAACUAAAAGCGAUUUGUUGGGACAGCUGUACGUUAUGCUUCAAAGCUCCGAGGCUGGUGUGCCAAAGAUACAUGAUUGUUCCAACUGGACAGAUUUAAGAACUGUUUUUCCACAUUUGUUUUGGGGGUCUACCAAGACUCGAGGGAGCGUCGUCUCCUUUGUCUUCUGUGAAGACUUGCCUGUGUGGGGCUGAAGCACCCCGGCUUACGAUGGCACACACUAUACUGGACUCGAUUUUACAUUUGUGGAAUCUUUUCAAACAUUUAUACAUUGUGUAUAUAUCUUAAUAUAAAAACGGAUAAAUACGGUAAAAGCCUUGCUCUAGUAUAUGCCCUUUGCAACAAGUGGGUACUGAAGAUUCUCUUUGUUUCAUAUUCUACUUUUAUGUAAGCAAACAAACUGCAUAUUGAUCAGUACGUUUAAGUUUAUUAUGCCAAAAAUCAAGUAGGCUUUCCGAGAUUUAUGGAAAAUUGUGUACUUUAUGUGUAAUAUAUUUGAUAAUCGCUUUAUGUGUGAAUUCAGCCGACCGGCCUUGUUUUUGCACCCGCCCUCCCACCAUUUAAAGUCACCUUUGUUGUUUGCCUUACUUUUGUGCUCAGAAGGUUUCCAGUGCAUUAGCGUUCAGAGAACAUUUCUUCACUCUAUGGCAUCACAGUGUUUUGGUCUCUUUUUUUUACCACACAAAUGAAACCAAAUCUUAGCAGUUAAAAUAGCUGCAUUUUUUAUUUUGGCACCACAUGAAAGAUUGCUCGAGUAGUCAGAUUUGCCAACUGUGUUGUCUGGAUCUCUGAGGGUUAAUGUGAGCAAUCCCAAUCUGUGCACAGGGGUUCAGAUGUGGACAAAGCAGGAGGCCUUGCCUCUUCAGGGAAACCUCUGUGAAAUGCAGUUUUAAUUUGUCUAGAUGAGAGAAAAAGAAAUCUAGAGCUUUGGAGGGAUGUGUUGCCCCCUCCAAAGACAAGGCCUCUUUCCAGAGGAUGCCAUCAUGGUGACCUGUGACGUCUCCCGCACGCCACCCUCCACACGCCUCUCUUACGAAUGUAAAGAAAAGAUAAGUUAUUAAUAAAUUGCUAUUUUGUCUACA